AUGGAAGACAAAUUGACAAAGUUGCAGCUUGAAGGAGGCCCAUUGAGAUGCAGGUGGAGGACCCACUCAAGGGAAAGUUGCGGGCACGUGCCUGCCACAUUCCUCUCCCUACAGGAAUCCACCGCCCAGCAAAAGCACAUCGUCAGCAAUUCUCUAUGUCUAAUGAAGAUUCCCAAAUGCUCUCUGCAGAAUAACUCAGUGCUCAAAUCUCAAUGCCGGGCAGAAUCCCUCUCACGCCCCUCCCCGUCUAGACGAUGGAGCUCCCAAGCGGUCACUCGAUACAAACCCCUGCAAGCCCUCGACGAUGGCAGCAUAAACACAUUUCGUGAGGAGUACUUCAAACCAGAACGCCCUGUUAUCCUCCCUCGUCGAUCGCUCCGUGAUAUCCCAGCGUACAGUCAUUGGUUUUACCACUCCCCAACAGAGCCGAGCGCCUCCCGAUUGAACGUCGAAUAUUUAGAGCAGCAUGGCGCGGACGCCCUCGUUCCGCUCGAACUCACACAGUCGCAGCCACAGAACUCUGAGAUUGAUGAACACGACGACAACUCUCAGCUGAGCUUCCGCAAAUUCCACGCUCCUCUCAGCCUCUUCCUACAAUGGAUCCGCGACGCGGAAACUCAAUCCCAGCCAUCAUCGACUCGCCUCUACCUAGCCCAAUGUCAGCUCCUUGACCUCCCCCAAACCUUGCGCAACGAUAUCCCGACGCCUAGACUCGUCGCCGAGUCCGGGAAGGGUGACAUCUACGACACAAACAUCUGGGUCGGAUACCCGCCUACGUACACGCCUUUGCACCGUGACCCAAAUCCGAAUCUAUUCGUGCAGCUAGCGGGGCGGAAGGUUGUGCGGUUGCUGGCGCCACAGGAUGGGCAGGCUGUUUUUGCGCGUGUUAGGAGACAGCUGGGGAGGAGUGGAGGGAGGGAUGCGACGGUGUUUCGAGGGGAGGAGAUGAUGCAGGGAAGGGAGAGGGACCUUCUUGAGCGUGGUGUCUGGGGUGAUGUUCAUGUGGAGGGAGAAGAAGGAGAGACGUGUGAAGGGUUUGAAGCGGAGCUGGAGGCUGGAGAUGGGCUUUUCAUCCCAAAGGGGUGGUGGCAUAGUAUCAAGGGAGUGGGGACGAAUGUUACUGCUUCGGUGAGUCUUCCGGCGGCUUGA